UCACGUGACUGUAGUCAAUAUCUAAGCAUCUUAACAAUACUAUAGGCAAAAACACACGACGAGCGAGCAGUAGAGGAUACGGCGAUGAAGUGAAUCGGGUAUAAGGUGGCCCAUAUCCGAGGAUUACGGAGAAGUUCAACAGAUGAUAUAACACUAUACAGGGUAGAUUCAAAAAUAACACAACAUGGCUGCGGCUGGCGCAAGAGUCGUUUUGAUCGCAGUGGACGACAGCGAGCCUUCGGAGUUAGCCUUUCAAUUUUACGUCGACAACGUCUGCAAACCAGAUGACUUCGUUGUGUUUAUCCACACUCCGGAAUACCAUGAGUUUUCCAUGGCCAGUCAAAGUGUUCUGGAGCAAGUGAUGAAGGAAGUAGAUUCCAAAGUGAAGAGGCUGAGCGAAAAGUACAAAGACAAGCUGGAAAAGACAGACCUGGCUGGGAAAUUUAAAACUGGUGUUGGAAAGCCUGGUGAAGUCAUCGUGAAGGCGGCUAAAGAAGAGAAAGCAGCGCUGGUCAUAACGGGAACACGUGGCCUGGGUAAAAUCAAACGUGCCUUCCUGGGAAGUGUUAGUGACUUCGUUGUGCACCAUUCCAUGGUGCCGGUGCUCGUGUGCAGAUUUGACACCAAGGACAAAGACAAACGGAAUUGACACGAACCCAUGUCACAAAAAUCCAGUAUAAAGAUUCAGUAGAAAGUGUGAGCUUUAAUAUUUACGCAUAAAUUUGGCCUUGCACCGUUGGAGGAACCUGUCGGAGAACACAAUACUGUCCAAGACACUUUGUAACGUACUUGGUAUGUUUCACAAGUCUCCAUGCGACAUGUCGUUGUAGAGAAGAUUCCCAGCACUGAUGGUGAUAUGAUCCUUUUAAUAAACGCUAUGUAUGACAAAAUCGAUGCACCCUAGUAUGCCUUUCCCCUACUGAUCCGCCGUGGGAUUAUUCUCCUUGAUGUUUUCUAAAAGCCAGUGGCUGGUGGCUUAUGAUUGUGUAUUAUGUUUGUUAAAAAGAAACACGUGCAAGACGCGUUAUGCAUAGUAAUAUUCUUGGACUUACACAUACUGUCCGCAAGAGGCUGAUGUAUAUGUACAUGUAGUAUGACAUAUCAUAUCCUAGCAGACCAAUUUCAUGCGUAGUGUUUUUGUGUUUCUUUCGAGUGUUCCCUGCUAAUUUUACCUUAGUAGUUGUUGCACUGCCAACAGAAAAGAAACUAUGCUUAAGUGACACAUGAAUAUCAGUCGAUGAGCCACAUUUGCUCUGCCAAACAAUGUAUGGUCAUCGUAACACAUGCGUACUGUUGUACUGAAACAAUCAAGAAGCGAUUAAGUGAAAUAUAUUGAUCUUCUUCUGUAUGAUGUGCUGUUGUAUUGAACAGGAAACUUCUGUUUUAUCUUGGGAUCUGUAGUCUGUGUCAUGCUAUUGUGUUCAAAACCAGUGCAACUGGCUGAUGUCUUUACUUUUCGUCAGUGGACAAGGAAAUACGGAAAUUAAAAUACCUCCUUUUGCUAGUGUGUUGUUCCGCAUAAAUCACAGAUGUAUACUAUAACUAUUCCAUAUUAAAAAAAGAAACCUUU